AUGGCCAAGCAUAUCAAUUAGAUAUUUGUGUUAAUUCUUUUAAUUAAUAUUUCAAUCGUUGCUAAUUAACUUUGUUUAAGAUAAUAAGCAAAAAUAAAAUCAAUUGUUAGGGCUCAUUAUAAAAAUGCAUUCAGCCAAUAUAAAGGGGCCUUAAUUUCAUCAAAAAUACUAAUUGGUUUCGUUGGAGGCAAUAAUGGAAGUUGCCUUAGGGAUAAUAUUUAUACUUUCAAUUUAUAUACAGAGAGUCCAAUAGGAUAUUCAAUAGACCUUGCGUUAAUUUAAAAGUAUGAAAUAAAUACAUUGAAAAUAUGGUUUUGGGACGGAGAUAAUAGAUACUAUAAUGUUAAAAUUACCAUCCUAUUAGAUGGCGAAGAAACCUAGAUUUAUAAUAAUUUGGCAAGAAAUAUAUUGACAAUAACAUUUCCUAGUCAAAUAGUCUCAGAAUUAAGGAUACUAAAUAUUGCCGGAAAUACAUACAACACUUAAUUGCACGUUAUUAAAGUAGAAGCUUUUUAUAAAUUGUCAUGA